AUGCAACAACCCCAACAACAAUUAGGAUAUAAUGAAAUUAUGAUUGUCUCCAAGUACUUUGAAGAUAUUAAUGAUUUUAUUAAUUUAGAAAUGGGAGUUAAAAGAUUCCAAGGAAAUAUGGAACGAUUCCACUUUAAUCCAAUUCCAUUGAAUCAAUCUUCAAGAAAAUUGUUUCCUAAUAUUGAAACAUUUCAUAUUUAUAAUAGAAAUGAUCCCAAAUUUAAAGAUGGAAAGAUAUUUAAACAAGUAAUAUGGUAUGAAGUAAAUUACCAAGAUUAUUUAAAAGAAAAGUCUUCAGGAAAUGAAUAUAAAAAUGUUUUCAUUAAUAAAAGUGACAAAGAAAUUGAUCCAAAUAAUGUUCCAGAACCAAUCAAUGGAAUAGGAGAUAAUUUUUAUGCUUCAUCUAGUAUAACUGAACUUCAACUCUCUCCAAAAAUUAAAAGAGUUGGAAAGAAUUGUUUUUCUCAUUGUGAUCAAUUAACAAAAGUUACUGUUCCAAUAUCACUUUCAGUAUUAAGUGAUUCAUGUUUUUAUCAUUGUGGACAGAUUACAGAAAUUAUACUUUCAGAUGCUGUUCAAAAACUUGAAGACUUUUGUUUUGCUGAAUGUUAUUCUUUAAAAAGUAUUACUAUCCCAUUAUCUAUUGUUAAAGUUGGAAGUCGUUGUUUUGAACGAUGUAAUUCAUUAACUAAUUUAAAUAUUCCAGGAUAUCAUUUUGCAAUUGGAAAUAGAAUUUACUUUAAUAAUGCUCCUCUUAUUACUAUGGUUAUUCCUUCUUCUGUUAAAACAAUUAAUGAACUUCCUAUUAACAAAAUUCCUGAAGGUCAAAAUAUUGUUAUUCCUAAGUCUGUUUUUUCUGUUAGUAAAAUGGCUUUUGUUGACGUUGAUUCUAAACUUAUUUCUUCAGAUAAUUCUAUUCCUUAUAUCAGAAAAACCAUUAUGGAUAGUAUUAACGAAGAUGCUAAAGAAAGAGAUGGUACAUAUGACAAAUUUAGUCGUAUUUUUUAA